AUGGAUAUCAGCGCGUUCUUAUACGACAACUUACCUCAACCUUAAGGAAAUAAUGAUCUGAUUCAAGAAGAAUGUCAUCAAUACCUUUCUAAAUUGAAUUUUAAUAAAACUUUAUUCAGAAUGCAAAGUCCUGAACCUUCUAUUCAAGAUGAUUGUUUUUAAAAUGAAAAUGACUCUUUUGAUGUUAAUUUUGGAGAUUUUAAAUAUGUUAACGAUGAAAAGAAAUAUCCUUCUGAUGAAGAGGGAGAUAUUUAAUGUUUAAAGAAAAUUUAAAAGGCUAAAAAGUUGAAGAAAAAGAGUAAAGAUAGAUAUGGGCCUCUUUCAGAAAAGGAAUUUAUAGAAAUAAUGAAAAAACUAGAAUAGUGCCAGUAAGUUAUGAAUAUGAUUGACAACAUGUCGAUGAUAUUGAACGGAUUUAAGGUCUAGUUAUAGAAACAAGGGAUUUCAGCUCUUUAGCGACAUAAGUGA